GCAAUUAUUCUUGAAGUUCAAGUUAACCAGCAAUUACUUAACUUGGGAAAUAACAUGAAGAAGAAUGAUACCAGUUUUUAACUUACUUGCAACUGUCUAUUUCAGUUGGGUACUCAAGGCUCCCCAGGGUACCCCAAGAAUCCAUGAGAUCUACUCACCUAUCAGUUGGGGGGCCUGUGGUUACAGGGUGAGGACCAGCCAACAAUCACUAUUACUUAUUGCAGGCUAUCUGAAGCGGGGGAUGUUGCACUUCACAAGAUGCCAUCUGGUCUAUUUCUGGUACCGGCUCACCAGAGAGCAGAAGCUAGGUUUCGAGGCAGUGUACAGAACAGGAUGCAAAUGUGAAAUUCAGCCCUGCCUCAUCUGCAGGCAUAACUGCCCUCAACCUGACUUCGGAGAGUGUGUAUGGAAACAAAAGAACUGUGACUACGAAAUAUGGGAGGGAAACCUUUCCUCGUACUCCAUGUGUGUCCCCUCCAUGGUUGGGUCUUGCGAAUGGACCCGUAUCCAGAAGAACUAUCAAUACCAAACCCCAACUCCAGCGGCCUCUCUCUUCACUCAGACCAAAAUGAUGUAUCAGGGCUCUAAUAGUGUUUCCUAA